UCCCUCCAGUGGGCUUCAUUCACAGCAGCGAUGAGCGGAAGAGUUGGAGACUUGAGCCGCAAACAGGCGGAAAUAUUAACAGAGUUUCGGGGGAGGAUCCAGGACGUCCUCCCUGACCUGCCGGCGCAGCACGACCACUACCUCCUCCGCUGGCUCAGAGCUCGUAGCUUCAAUGUGCAGAAAUCUGAAGUCAUGAUCAGAAAGCACCUGGAGUUCAGGAGGAAGAUGAGCGUGGACUCCAUCAUAUCUGACUGGAAACCUCCAGAGGUGAUCGAGCAGUACGUGUCUGGAGGGAUGUGUGGGUUCGACCGCGAGGGCAGUCCCAUCUGGUAUGAUGUCAUCGGCCCGCUGGACCCCAGAGGCCUGUUGCUAUCGGCAACCAAACGGGACUUCCUGAAGACGAAGAUCCGACACACAGAGAUGCUGCACAGGGAGUGUAGGAGGCAGUCGGAGAAGUUGGGUGAGAACAUCGAGGCCAUCUCUCUGAUCUACGACUGUGAAGGACUUGGUCUGAAGCACAUCUGGAAACCUGCGAUUGAGACUUACGGAGAGGUCCUCACCAUGUUUGAAGAGAACUACCCAGAAGGUCUGAAGAGGGUGUUCCUCAUCAAAGCUCCCAAAAUGUUCCCGAUGGCCUUCAACCUCAUCAAGCACUUCCUGAGCGAAGAGACGCGGAGGAAGAUCCUCGUCCUAGGGAGUAACUGGCAGGAAGUGUUGCGUAACCACAUCGACCCCGACCAGCUUCCUGUCGUGUACGGAGGAACCCUGACCGACCCCGACGGAGACCCCUGCUGCAGAACCAUGAUAAAGUACGGCGGUGUGGUUCCCAGCUCCUUCUACGUCCGUGACUCCGUGACGGUUCAGUACGACAGCAGCGUGACGGUCAGCCGAGGCUCCGCCUUCCGGCUGGAGGUGGAGGUGACGGAGGCCGGCAGCCUCUUGAGGUGUCAGUUCUCCAGCGACGGAGCCGACGUCGGGUUCGGCGUGUACCGACGCACCGAAGACGGCGCGGCGGGUCAGAACGUGUCUGAGAUGCUCCAGGUGCUGCCCAGCGAACGCUACAACGCUCACCUGGUCCCCGAGGACAGCCGGCUCACCUGUCGAGAGCCGGGCGCCUACGUGCUGUGCUUCGAUAACAGCUACAGCAUCCUGCACUCCAAGAAGGUGAGCUACAAAGUCGAGGUGCUUCCUCCUGCGGACGGACAGCCGCCGAGCCCACGAAGCCGAGAAGACCGGAGGCUGCAGUGAUGGAGACCACGGACCACCAAUCAUCACCAAUCAUCACCAUCAAUCACCACCAUCAUUACCAUCAUUACCAUC